CAUUAUUAGCCCUAUGACGUGCAAUUGUGUGAUUUGUAAUAGUUCUAUAUAACCGCCUUGUAUUGAGAGGCGCGGACAACACUUUAUCGUGAUUGACCACCAAUGUUCUGAUUUCCUAUACGUUUAAGAGACAGGCUGGACUUGUUCGAAAAGUAAUAUUCUGACCGGAUAGGUGGACAAUGUCCUUCCCGAGAGAGUAAUUGGCGCAAUGAAUUCUUCUCGCUCUUGAUCAAGGUCAUAUAAUACCAUAGUGCACUUCGCUUGGUCAGUCAGUGUGAUUUCUAGCGGCUAUCAAUCAGCGACACAGAGGAACUUAAGUGUAAAGCAGUGAUGAAGAUCGCACCUGUGCUGCCUGUGUUCAUCUGCCUGUGGGCUGGAUCGAUGGCUUUCAUGGACUUUUCCGAGCGAAUGAUCCCGACAUUUCUACUUCCGCUUUUCGACCAGAACGAUGACGGGGUCCUCAGCAACGGCGAGAUAGAGGAAGUGAAGAGUCAUCUCCCUUCGUUCGGAUUCAACAGUGGGGAAUCACGGAUACUCAUGGCUACUGCGGAUAGGAACAAAGAUGGAGUAUUGAAUUCUUCCGAAUUUAAAGACCUAUACCAGCUGAUAAUGGCCGAGCAGGUCCGGCGACUGGAAGAGGCCAUCAAUAAGUGAGGCUCGAUCCCGGAAUCCCAUGUGAACAUCUCCCUCUCGAUCAGACUGCUGGCGACUUGUGUUUGGCAUGACUUUCAAACAGAAUAGUCACUUGUCCGAGUGAAAUGUGUAUUUAGAGUAGCUCUUCCUGUCGAUGUGUAUUUUUGAAUAAAAUAGUAUUUGUAGAA